GGCCAAUUGGCAAUUAUUAUUAAGGUACUAAGUAUAUCAGAAGGUAGUUUAGUCAUGAAAUAUCGUAUACGGAUUGCCUUUCCUCGGUGGCGUCUCAUUGGCUUUCGCCCACGAUCUCCUAGCUGUUCUCUUUCACCGGUGUCCAAACCUUUCAUGCUGCUCCUACGCACUCGAAUGGGGCCGAAAAGUCUUUUGGCCGAAACGUUUUACCUAGCAUGGCUAGGCGUGCUUCUCGAAAAGUACGGUGAGGCACAUCUUUCUCUCCCUCUCCCUCUCUCUCUCGUGCCCUGUUGUACUUUUGGUAUGGUUUUUUUUUUAUCCGUGGGUAUCUUCUGCCAACUCCUCAAUCCGUUGUUCUUCUCUCGGAUCCCCGUUUCCCAAUCUGCCCGAGCCUGCCGCCAAGUUGCGGUCAACGUAAAAAUAAUCUGUAGUGUCUUCCUUCCGUUAGGUAUGAUCCUCGUACCCCCUGCUUCGGUUAGGGUACUGUCGUCGUAGUCAUGUGGCGAUGGUGAUCGAAAAAAAGACAAAGUAGAGUAGAAGCGUUCGUCGUCUCGAAGCGCAUGCGUAGUAAAUGUAUUGACUUGAGUUAUUUUGUAAAAUCAAACGUGCUUCAAAGCAAC